GUUCUUAUUUGAUACAACAAUAUAGAAAAUAAAAUUUAAAAAGUUGCUGACUCGUCUAACAAAACAUGACCAAUAUGUGGUGGAAAAGAAUGUGUCAUUUGUCUUUUCAUUUGAAAUAUAAGAUUUUGAACUAAGGAUAUCAUAUUUAUGGUUAUUGGGUAUAUAAGGCUUAUUACAUUUUAGAAACUAGAAUAAAAUGAGUUUGCAAACUACAGAUUAUUGUCACAUAUCUGGGUUAACUGAAGAUACAGAUAGGCUUUUUUUGAGGAAGGAGCUAUCAAAAUUUGGAGAAAUUCGAAAAAUCUUUAUACCAUCCUCAAGAGAAUUUGCUAAAAUAUAUUUUACUGAUAGCCACUCUGCCAGAAGAGCUGUUCAAGUCUUGAAGCAAAAUAUAUUUGGUUGGAUAGUCUCAGUCCAACAAGAUAGCAAAUAUAGUAGUUCUGAACAUUUCAGAGCUAGUAGUACAUCAAGAAUGAACUGUGACGACGAAAUUGAUGUUCAAAGCUCUCAGCAGCUGUAUACUGUUCAUGGAGACUGCAUAGAAUCUCUUGAAGAUGAUAUGGGCAAUUUAUUUGUUAAUCUUGACGAUGUAAGAAGAACUGGAUUUGCAGUAUACUCAAAAGAAGAUUACAAUUUUUCUAUAGAGGAGAAAAGGAAUAUUAUUUUGAACGACUUUCACCAGUAUAUGCUAUCUCAGGCAAUGGCCUAUCUGUAUAAAAAUAAAGAACUUCAUAAAUUCAUAAAGGAAGAACAAAUUUUAAACACAAUUGAACGGUGCCGUAUGAAAUUAUUAGUAGAUUCUCAUGAUAAACUUAAUGAUCGUAUUGUGACUCAGUCAAACAAUAAUAUACAAAUACGUGUUCCAAAUUCACCGACUCCUCGAGAUACAAACAAACACAUUCCCCAAGAUAAAUCACUUGGCAGUCCUCGUGAAACAGAACAUCCUUUGGAAAAUAAAAACUCAUUUACUGAUGAAUUAGACUAUGUAUCAACACCGAAAGUUCCAUCCAAUAGUUUCACACCAAUACAUACUCAAAGUUGCGUCGCAAUUGGGACACCGCCCGGAAAUAGGGAUUCAACGUUUAAUAGAAAUAACAAUGGCACUUCUAACAAUAAUAACCGUCAACGAUUUGGUCAAAAUCGAAAUGAAAGGCAAAUAUCAAGAAACAGCAAACACAAAAAUAGAGGUAAUGGACGACCGAAAUCUAAACAAAGAAGUAAUAAGCCAGGUACUAACAGCAAUAAUGAAGAAUUAUGGGAUAAUGAUGAAACAGAACCAAAACAACAGUCUCAACAAUUUUCCAAAGAUUCUCAAUUUGGUAAAAGUAGACAACAAAAUGCUACAAAUAAUUCAAACAUUGAUAAAAGAACUGACUCGGAGAAAUGUGACACCAAAUCACAAAUUAAUGAUACUAUGCAUAUGGACAGUUUAGAGAAAGUUAAUUUGGAAAUUAACCAAUCAUAUGAUGUACAAAUAACUGAAGUAGAAAAAAAUAACAUCUGCUGGGCCGUACAGACUAAGUCAUUAAUAGACUUAGCUGAGUUAUGUUUGGAAGAUGGAUCAGAUUUAAAAAUAGUUGAAAAUGUACAUAAAGGACAACUGGGGUUAGCCGAAUUCGAAAAUCUUUGGUGCAGAUGUCAAGUGAUGUCGCUGAAACCAACUAAUGUUUUUUUUGUGGAUUAUGGCAAUAGAGCUGAUGUGAGUGAGAUUAGGGAAUUACCAGAUAAAUUUAGAAAAAUUCCAGCAUUAGCAGUUAGGUUUGCUAUUCACAAAAACUGUCCUGUCCCAAAAACCGACACGAAUUUGACAGUAAAGGUGAAGAAGAAGUACAGCGAUGAUACAUACGUUGUCGAAUUGGAUAAAACAUUCAAAUCUACAUCUACAGAAGAAGACAACUCUAAAAAGUCGGCACUAGAAUCUGUACCCAAGAGUAAAAUGUCUGCUCAAUCAAUAGAAGAAUUUAAAACUGAAUCAAAAGAAAGGUGCUACGUUGAUCUACCUAAACCUUUGCUUAAACUAAAAAAUAAUGAUAAAGUGAUGUUAUUAGAUAUGGUAGGUAAUAAAUUUGCUGUCAAAACAAAAGAAUGUGCUCAGAAAAGCAAAGAGCUGCUUGAAUACAUCAAAACUAUUGAUAAAUCAAGUUUGAUUUUGAAACAAGUGGAAGUAGGUCAGAUGGUAUUAGCUAGUAAAGAUGGUCUUCCUGAUCUAUGUAGAGCUGUUGUAAUUAAAAAACAAUCAUCUGUACAGGUUACUAUAGAAUAUUUAGACUAUGCGGGCAGCGAAAAUUUGUCGAUUAAAUCUCUUAGAAAUGUUGAUGAAUAUUUAGCAUCACAACCUAUUACAUUAUUGCUUACUCCUGACAUAGAAGUUAUAAAUAAAAUUUCAGAAACUGGUAUUGAUUUUAUUGUGGCCUUGAUUGAGAAGAAAGAAAAAGCAAACGUGGUACUCACCAAUGAUAAUGCUUUUGAUUUGAAAUUAGAAGAUGGAUCGCUUCUUUCACAAAAAUUAUUAGACUUAGAGAAAUCAGAAGUACCUAACGAUUCAAACAAUUCUCCAAAAAUUAAUGAACUCGAAAAACCUAUGUCGGUGGAAGCAGCAAUCACACCUCUGAAAUCUGCAAUUCUGGAAGUAAAACCAGAAUCAGACAACAGUAUAAUUACCUUAUGUGACAUGGAUUACAUUAAACCAAAAAUUGGUUCAACUGAUACUUAUAUCUGCUAUACACUAAAAGACUUAUCAGAAGUAGUAUUGAUUUCAUUAGACGAAGAUUCUGUAAGUUAUUUGGAAAGUAUUUAUAAUCUGGAAAUCAAUGAUGAUGAACCAUACGAACCUGAAGUAUCUGAAAUGUGUGUAUUCUUGUAUAAAACACCAGAAGAAUCUGAAACUGUUUGGUAUAGGGGUGUUGUAUUGGAUAACGAAGGCAAAUAUACCAUAUCAAUGGUAGAUUUUGGAAUAUUGGUUACUACCACUAGUAAAGACAUAAGAAAAUUCCCUGCUCAUUUGAAAGACAUUCCUAUGUUAGGAAUUUUCUGCAAGCUCAUAAAUAUUCCGCAUACUCCAGAAAUUCUAAAUGAAAUAAGGAAUAUAGUACAGGAAGGGGAGAAUGUCGAUGUUACCAUAAAGAAUGAAAAUGAUUUAACAUAUGAUGUAGAAUUACCAAAAGUUUAUGAAGAAUUGAAGAAACGAAAGCUUUUGUGAAUUUUCAUUUUUGUUUUAUAUAUUUUGACUUUGCAUUUGUACCGUAAAGUGUCUGCUAUUAAGUUUUAUUAUUCAUUUGGAGAAAUCCAAAGAGGAUGAAAAAUUAAUAUUUUCUUUUUUUAGUAAGCUUUUUUUUGUAUAAAAGUUUUUGUCAUUAUUUUAUUUGAAAUCAUUUUGAAUUUUUAAUGAUUCCACUUUUUUAGUUUUAAAAUAUGAACAUACUUUGUUGAAUAGUUUGUAGAUAUGUUUUAUUUGUUACUCCAUAUUUUUUUAAUUCACAAUUCACAUCUAUAUGCAGUAGGUUCUUUUGCUAUCACACAUCUCCAUUUAUUUUACUGUUCCUUCUAGUGAUUUGGCGUAAAGUUAGAUUCCAUAAUAAAUGUAUUAUGCCAUUUCGACACAUUUUUCCAACAGUGUUGGCUUUAAAUAGAAAUUAAUAAACUUUCAAUAAGUAGAGUAAUUCCGGGGGAGAUGGGCUAGUAACUUUAAUGCUUUACUGGGAAGAAAUUUUUUUGAUUAAACCUUGAAUUUAUAAAGAGAAUUAAACUUUAUUUAUAACUCUCAUCAAAAAUCAACGAUGAAUCACUUUAAUGAAUUAAAAAAAUAGAAUUUUAACCUUUUAAAACAAACUAGGACUGGUCACCACCCCAAAAAAUUCGAGAGUGAUGGCUAUAGUGGUCUGGGAGAGAUCUUAUUUUGUCUUUAUUGCGCCCCAAUAACCAUGUAUCGCACUCAGCCUCUCCACCGCUUUGAUUGUCGCAAAACUCUUUGGGUAAACUAAUACAAUCAUAUUGAAAGUAGAAGCAGGUCUUGAUUGUUUACAUUACGUAUAAACUUUAUGAAGGUACCCGGGUACCUCGUCACUCUGAUAAAAGUAUUUUAUUUGUGACUCACAUAAGGGUUACAUAUCUUUUAGUUUUGGGUGUACAUAUCAAGACCCCGGUUUGACGAAUGUCCAUGUACAAUAGUUGGUAAACUGUAAAUGUAACUUACUGGUAUCUUUGGCUGACUAUUUUAGUAAAACAAUUCUACAGUUUUCACAAAAUAUCAACUGUCCACAAACAUAACAAAAAUAAUCAGAUCUCGUUUAUCCUUUAUAUUUGAAAUUUUAAUAACAUCUGAAACGAGAUAAUAUAGGACGUAAGUAAGAAUUGACAAUAUUAAAUCAAGGUAUUUGAAAAAAAAAUGAUUUGGUUGAAGAAAAAAAUAUGAGAGUAUUUUUUAUAACAUUUUUAGAUUUAAGGAAUGUAUGUUGACAUAUAUAUAUAAAAUAUCAAAAAAAAUGUUAUGUAGGCGUGAAUGUAUGUAGAUAUUGGAGUGUCCGCGACCCAAAGGAUCAAUUGUAGCCCCCCUUCCUUGCUGCGAUACUAGAGGACCCAGUCUUUACAGCUGAUCUUUUAGUCCCACUCCUCUUAGAAAUUUCAGAACGUUGUUUGACUGUAGUUCAGAGAUCUGCGUCUUCUAUUUCAUACGCUCCUAGGUAUAGUGCUCUGGAGUUUUGUAGUGUUUCACACUUCGAGAGAAUGUAUACAUUUUCGACAUUAUACAUAAAUUUGUACACUGAUAGAAACUGAUUGUUUUGUAUGUUUUAUCCUAUUUAAACCAGCAAAUAAUUAUAGAUAAUAAAGAGUCCAUUUUCAACAAUUAUUAAUAUUGUUAUUGAUAUAGAUUUCUAAAUUGAUAUCUUCAAUAAAAUCAUAUUGAUAUGAAAUAUAUUUUAAAAAAUGAAUUGUUGAAAAACAAAAAUUCUUUGAAUCAGUAUAUAAAUUCCUAAUUUCAAAUCCUGUGCUAUAAUGCGAUAAUAAUUCCUUCGUUAUGUGCAGAAGUCAAGAUUCAACUCUGAAGGUACUGUGUAAAUAAUUUGCAAGGUAAUCAAAAUUUAUUGGGAUAUGUAUAAUAUAAAGAUUCGGAGAUAAAUGGUUUUGAUUGAAAGUCUAUCUUAAACAAUUGUGUAUUUUCUAUAAUUCUUUAUAGGUAUAUAAUAUACUACAUUUAGGUUAUAUUUUUUUAAGUUUUAAUUGUAAAAGUGAUUUUUUAUUUUGUAUUUAGAAAUAAAAAUAUGAGAAAUUCCA